GAUCGUUUGCGUAUCAAGUCGCAACAUGUUCCUCAAGAAUUACCGCCACGUCAUCAUCAUCUUCUUCUUCUACGGUCUGCUUCUCUUCCGGCGAUCGCAAGCUUCCUCCUUCAUAUACGCCAGCUGCUCGCCGGGGAAGUACGAUCCCAUCACGCCGUUCCAGUCCCAUCUCGCUUCCCUCCUCGCCUCCCUCGUCGCCGGGGCCCCACUCGCCCUCUACAACAGUUACUCCGUCGGCGACAACUCCACCUUUCCCCCGGGCCUCGCCGCCUUCGGCCUCUUCCAGUGCCGCACCGACCUGCCUCCCGGCCACUGCGCCGCCUGCGUCCGCGACGCCGUCGAUCAGCUCUCCGUCGUCUGCCCCCGCUCCUUCGCCGGCUCCCUCCAGCUCGCCGCCUGCUUCGUCCGCUACAGCAACGAGAACUUCCUCGGCAAGCCGGACGCCGCGCUGGUGUUCCGCCUCUGCGGCACCGCCGCCGCCGGCAGAGCCUCCGGCGACGCCACGGCGUUCCUGCAGCAGCGCGAGGCCGUGCUGGCCGACCUCCUCGGCGCCGCGAGCUACCUGGUGAGCACCUCCGGCACGGUGCAGGGCGACGCGCAGUGCCUCGGCGAUCUCAUCGCCGCCGACUGCGCCGCGUGCCUGGCGCAGGCGGUGUCGCAGCUCAGGGCAGUCUGCGGCGACGCCCUCUCCGCCGACGUGUACCUGGCCCAGUGCUACGCCAGGUACUGGGCUCCCGCCCACUACUUCCAGGCCGCCAUUAGCGCAGAUUACUCUGAUGAUCAUGAUCACACUGCAAGAAAUGUGGCGAUAGUUCUGGGAAGCUUGGCCGGGCUGCUGGUCGUCAUAAUCCUCCUCUCCUUUGUGAAAAGAACAUGUUAAUGAAUGGAGGAGUCAUAUGAUGAGCUUGGGGGGAUCAAUUCGAUUUUUACUUGUACGUGCGAGGGUAGAUGAUGGACGUUUACUUGCGAGGAUGAAAGCGAGCGGAAGAAAGGGGGGCGUGCAGAUGUAAACAUGUUUAUACGGGUGUUUAUUAGAUAAAGAAAUACUUUCGAUUGAACUGGAAUUUUUGAUCGACCCCCACCCUAUUUUUCAAAUACCAAAACACUCUUUUCUACAGUGAUAUUUUACUAUUUUA